AUGAAAAGAAAGGCAAAGAGGCAAGGCGUGGCACCACUGGCUGUAGGGAACAAUAAGCCUUCUGUGAUGUGGCAGCUUAUUAUGAUGCAACUGAUUGGUGGUGGUUGGUGGAGUGCUGCUCAAAGUGCAGUUUGCAUUGCCAUUGCAGUGGAGGAAAGCAAGAAACUUGCAAGGAUUUGA